AUGGGCAGUGAUAGCAGUGCUCAACCCACACCCGCUAACGAUGUUGGCGGCGGAUCAGGAUGGGGCGACAGACUCUGGCUAGGUGGCAAAAAUGAGGGACCGGGUCACGCAGAGGCCACCAAUCCCAGAUCAACAAUGGGCGACUUCCUCGCGUUGCAUGAACAGAAGACCCGCGGGGAAAAUAAGUUCCUUCAGCGUGAGAACUUGGUCGAUACCAAUGUUAAGCCUAUGAAUGCCGAAGGAGAGCCGACUUGCGCCAUUGAAGAUCAUUCUUUUAUGAACCAUAAGGCUGGUGAUCCGGAUACUUAUCCUGGAUGGGGUACAUUUAAGAAAUUUUUCGGCAGGUGA